AUGAUGAUAAGUGGAGUGCUGAAAAGGUGUGUCUCUCACUCUCCGUCUCAUUCUCGUCUCCUACUAACCGUGUCCGUCGUCUUUUUUCUGUUAUUUACUAACUGUUAUUGUUAUUCGGUUGAUUCUUCCAGAGCAGCGAUGAACGUCAAUUCCAUUGUCACUCCGCAGUGGUUGACUCAGAAUUUUAAUGUGAGUUCUAAACAACAAAAAACCAAAGUGAUCCGAACUGAAUCCUUGUUUUCAGAAGGUCAAAGUGAUCGACGCAACAUAUGCUCCAACUGCGACUCGCAACUUCGAGGAGUUCAAGAAAAACUACUAUGGAGACUUUGAAAAGCUCACGAAAGACUUUGUAAGUUUCACUUUUUCCUCAAAUCCAGCCUAGACUUUCUUCAGAAAGUGGCCGCCUACACCGGUGAGCACAUCCCGGGAGCCAGUCAUUUCGGAUUGGAUACCGCCUAUUUUCCAUCUCAGUACAUCAAAUACGAUCUUUAUCCGCCAGAGAUUUUCCAAAAAUACAUCCGACUUUUGGGCGUAAACGACGGGGACCACGUGGUGAUUUACAGCAGAGGACCCGCUCAGGGAAUGAUGUUCGCUUCCAGAGCUUAUUGGACUUUCAAGGUUCGUUUUCUUCGGAAUAUGGCGGCCGGUUUUCAGUGAUUUUGUAGGUCUAUGGAUUCCAAAACGUUUCCCUUCUCAACGGAGGUCUGGACGCUUGGAAAGCAGCCGGCGGAGCCACUGACAAUAACGAAGUGAGCCCUCCACUGGGCAAUUUCAACGCGAAACCUUUGAAUACUGAUAUCUUGGCGUAUUUCGAAGAGAUUCCAUUCAACAGCUUCGAAAACGUCGACUACCUCGAUGCGCGGACUGUUCCCCAGUUCACCGGACAAGAGCCUUUGACCACCACUUAUCCGGGAACAAGUACGCGUUUCAAUUCAUCCUGAGAUGGCAAUGAACUCAUUCCAGAAGCGACGGGAUCUCACGUGACGGGGGCCAUAAACUUCCCGAUGGCCGAAGUCAUCGGAGCCGACGGAUUCAUCAGCAAAGAAGACGUGGACGCGAAGGUGGCCAAAUUGGGACUGACCGCCGGGAAUCAGGUGUACAUCGCCUGCAACACCGGAAUCCAGGCGUCCGUCAUUUUUGUGGCUCUAGAGAGAAGCGGCGUGAAGGCAAAAGUGUAUAAUGUAAGGGCGGUGCACUGUUGCGUCAUUCCCGAAUAAUUUUCAGGGAAGCAUGACAGAAUUGGCGUACCGUGCACCCGAAUUGGUCAAUGCCAGCGGCAACUGA